AUGCAGCUAGAAGCUAAUCCUGAUAAAUCUCAGAAUCAGCAUAAAGCGAUCGUUAUAUCCAAUCCAGACAGAGACUACUUACUUGCUCUUGUCGACACAGUUGGACACAACCAAGUGCAAGCAUUACGGAGUACUCUUGUCAAUUACGUCACUUUCAAGACUAACCUAACAAAGCAUCAGGAUAAAUUCGUAACCUCUGGGCUAGCUUUCCACGUCCCGUACUAUAUCUUGAGGUUAGACACCAUCAAGUCUCCACAUACUUCUGGAACAGCUCUUCUGAGAACUACCGGGACCCACUCUGGGUAUUUCGCAAUCUAUGAGGCUCAAGUAUCACUGAUUGUAUUUGGUGCAAGCAAUACUACGUGGAUGUCGUAUUGUUUUACGCGUCUUUACGAUGACGACGGCGAUGGCAUUGAGUUUAGACAGUGGCUACAAUGA